ACACACCAGCGAAUUCAUACAGGAGAGAAACCAUAUUUCUGCUCUGACUGUGGGAAGAGUUUCAGAGAAAGAGGAACCCUGACAAAACAUCAGCGAAUUCACACAGGAGAGAAACCGUAUUGCUGCUCUGACUGUGGGAAGAGUUUCAUUCAGUCAGAACAUCUGAAAAGACACCAGCGAAUUCACACUGGAGAGAAACCAUUUUGCUGCUCUGACUGUGGGAUGAGUUUCAGUUACAGAGGAGCCCUGAAAGCACACCAGCAAAUUCAUCUAGGAUAUAGCCUGUAUUGCUGCUCUGACUGUGGGAAGAGUUUCAGUCGCUUAGGAAACCUGAAAACACACCAGCAAUUUCACACAGGAGAGAAACCGUAUUGCUGCUCUCACUGUGGGAAGAGUUUCAGUCAGUCAGGAGCCUUGAAUAAACACCUGCGAAUUCACACUAGAGAGAAACCAUAUAUCUGCUCUGACUGUGGGAAGAGUUUCAGCCACACAGAAUCCCUGAAAACACACCAGCGAAUUCAUACAGGAGAGAAACCGUAUUGCUGCUCUGACUGUGGGAAGAGUUUCAGUCAGUCAGGAGACAUGAAAACACACCAGCGAAUUCACACUGGAGAGAAACCAUAUAUCUGCUCUGACUGUGGGAAGAGUUUCAGUCACACAGUAUCCCUGAAAGCACACCAGCGAAUUCAUACAGGAGAGAAACCAUAUUGCUGCUCUGACUGUGGAAAGAGUUUCCGUUUUAAAACCAAUCUUCAUACACACCAACGAAUUCACACAGGAGAGAAACCGUAUCACUGCUCUGACUGUGGGAAGAGUUUCCGUACUAAAAAUGACCUUCGAGUACACCAACGAACUCAUACAGGAGAGAAACCGUAUUGGUGCUCUGACUGUGGCAAGCACUUCCGUCAGGCAGGAGCUCUGAAAUCACACCAGAGACGAAGCCCAUGUUCAUUCAGAACGAAACCUUAACCUUUCAUUAUGAGUCCCUGUGUAAUUUACUGUUUUGUGUAUCGCUCUAGAGCUUGAGAUUUAAAUGGUCAAAGUGCUGUUCAGCAACUAGCACUCUGAUUGUGUUAGAAAGUGGGCGGAGACGCGGACACGUCACAAGAGGCUUCUCUGCUGUCAGUUUAACUCAGGCUGUCAAUGCAGUCAGUGCCUGGGAGUGGGAAUAUGCAGAAAGGAAACUAUUCUGCACCUCAUCUGAUGGACGAGUCAGGAGAAAUUGAUAACUCAGUGUGGGGAAUGAGUUUCAAGGUUUAGCAUUUAAACUGCAUAGACUUGAAAAUAAAUACAUUGAUGGGAACGAGUAUCCCGACCCCGGUAUGUAGCAUCCCAGAGACAAGACUGCACCGUCCUUACUGGACAACCGCCUGGAGGGUUUGUCUUGUACAUUUUGUCACGUUUCUAGAACAAAUGAAUCAAAUCAAUGAUUGAAUAUUUUGCAAUGUGCAUUGUCCAUGCUUUUAUUUUACCCUGCUUUUGUAAACUGCACCAUGUAAUACAAGUGUAGCAAGCAUGUGUACGGGUCAUAGGUACAGAAACUCAGACAGGUUUUAUACCAACUCUUUCUUUCUCUUUUGCAGUGUUCGACCUUAAGAGUAGUUAAAGGGCUCCUCUGUGGUAUGAUUGUGUGGCACCUGCAGAUGUACAAGGGAGUGGAGAAAUGUGUAACAUUGUAGAGCUUACCAGGAAUAGGCCCCGGUAGCCAUGGCGACUUGAGGUGAAAUGGCCUGAUCACCAUAGUAACACCAAUAUGUAUUGGGGGAGAUCGCCUCUCCCGAAUUCCUGAGCUUUGGAGGCCCUGAAUAAACAAGAUCGUGUUGCACCUGGACUCCAAGGUCAGAGGUUGAAGAUGAAUAAUCCUUUGUGCUAGGGUUAGGUUUUCAGUAAGAAGAGAGAGUUACGGGUAACAGCCUUACAAGAGCUCUUCACAAUAUUCAACAGGGACACCCCAUAGUUUGAUCAACAUUAUAAGAAACUUAAAUAAAUCAAAAGGCCAUAAAAAGAAACUCGACCAACUGGGUUGCAAUCGAAGAAAGGAAAAGUCAACAAAUGUUGAACCAAUAAUGAAUGAACUGAUUCAGCCUGCUGCCACUGGUCAAAUUUACAGCAAGAGUUUUCCAAUCCACUGAGCGAGUCUGGGUUGUGUGACCAGGAAUACAAGCAAAUCCUACAGGAAAUCAGCCUCUGACGCUGGAACAUUGAACCACAAACAACAACUUCAUUCUAACCUGCAUCGACUACAAGACAAAGAUUGAGUAUCCCAACUCAACUAAAGUGCAGAGAUUGACAGAAUCUAUAUGUGGGAAUGUAAUACAUGUAGAAUUGAGUAUCCCAGCUCAGCUAAAGAGUGCAGAGAUUGACAGAAUCUAUAUGUGGGAAUGUAAUACAUGUAGAAUUGAGUAUCCCAGCUCAGCUAAAGAGUGCAGAGAUUGACAGAAUCUAUAUGUGGGAAUGUAAUACAUGUAGAAUUGAGCAUCCCAGCUCAGCUAAAGAGUGCAGAGAUUGACAGAAUCUAUAUGUGGGAAUGCAAUACAUGUAGAAUUGAGUAUCCCAGCUCAGCUAAAGAGUGCAGAGAUUGACAGAAUCUAUAUGUGGGAAUGUAAUACAUGUAGAAUUGAGUAACCCAGCUCAGCUAAAGAGUGCAGAGAUUGACAGAAUCUAUAUGUGGGAAUGUAAUACAUGUAGAAUUGAGUAUCGCAGCUCAGCUAAAGAGUGCAGAGAUUGACAGAAUCUAUAUGUGGGAAUGUAAUACAUGUUGAAUUGAGUAUCCCAGCUCAGCUAAAGAGUGCAGAGAUUGACAGAAUCUAUAUGUGGGAAUGUAAUACAGGUAGAAUUGCAGAACGAGAAAGAGUUAUAAAGUAUAAUCUGUGUAAUCUGCCAAGUGUUUAUCCUGUAGUACUUUGUAUUUAAUCACAUCCUGAUGUAACUAUCACUAUUUAAUCAUAUCCUGAUGUAUCUAUCACUAUUAUCUGCUGUAUUAUUGAAUUGUGGUUUGUCACACUUGAACAAAAAUUAUUGUAUUUCUUGCUCUUAUUGUAUUACUUGUAUUGUAACACUUGAAUGUAUUUGUAUUUGCUUGCGAUUGUAAGUCUGCUAAGAAAUAAAUAAUAAUAAUAAUAGUAAUAAUAUAACAGGCUGUGGCUGUAAGUCGCUGGACAAGAGAAACGGGUCAGUGUAAUAUCUGAUGGAACAAUCUGACAAUAUGAGACGUGUAAAUAUUUGAAGCGAUCUGGUUAAUUGUGUAACAGGUGCAGGAAUGAAUACAGGAUGGAUAAUAACACAUGGAACGGUGUUCAGUUUAAGGGUCGUGGAUUCUAACUGAAGGAUGUAUAAUUAAACAACAGCUUGCUAAAGCAUGAAUUACGAUUUUGUAAUAUCCUAUUAGAAUUUAAUAGGGUAUAGAUGGGGGCGGGGUAUAGAUUUUGCAAGGGAUUUAUUUACCAUUCGUACACAUAAAUACAUACCGAUGCAACUCAUGCUUUCACACACAAACAUUCUGCAACAUCCACAUUAUGAGGAGUCAAUGCCACGCUUACUACUAGAUCUGCAUUCGGUGUUGCUUAUUGUAAAUAAUUUCUUAUAAUACAAGUUAAAUUAACACAGAUGCAAAUUAUUUUGGAGCCUUCCCAGGGAAGAAAUGUGAAUAAAAUAAAACAUCCUAGUUCAAACAGCUGAGUGUAAAGGAUUGUGGGAAAUGUAUUCACUUGCAUCCACAUUAGCAUCUCUGUUCUGUAUUUUAGUGUUGUUUGGGGACUUCAGUUCCCAUGAUGCAUUUCGAGUUGCCAUGCUGCUCACACAAAUACGUGCGCUCCUUGAAGACAAGUGGAGGUGCUGAAAGCGAUGGAUAAUGCAGCACCGUACAAGAAAAAGAAAGAUGCUGCUGCAGAUUUCAACAUUCCCACAAGCACUUUGAAAACCGUUCUGAAAUAACGGGAUACAAUAAUACAGGCCUGUGAACAGCAAACUGCAUGCAAGUCGUCAGCGUUUCUGAUUUGCUCAAUACCUGAUGCUGAGGACGCCUUGCUUCUGUGCUUUAAAAAUGCCUGUGAUCAGAAUGUGCCUGAAUCUGGGAGCACUAUGAGACACAGCACUGAGGAAUAGAUUUCUAUUUUAUAUUGUGACAGAGGGAGUGCAUGAGCAGAUUUGGUUUCAAGUUUCCCCUCUCUCCCUGUACUCCUUGCAGGGGGGUGAACAGAAUGCUGUUCAGUCUGCACUGUGGAAUGUGAACACAGGAAACUCAUUUAUGGCUGGUUUCUAAAGGGUGCAGUCUUUCUUGAUUGGAUAUUGUGAACUGUUUUAAAACUGUCAUUCUCUUAUUGGAUAUCAGUAAGUGUUUGUGCCCCUAUAUACAUACCAUUGCUGAAUGUGUAUGAGUCAGAGAAACAUUUACAUACUGACUGUUUCUGCUUCUCUCCAGAACUCUUUAUUAAACUACAGGCAGUGGACAAAAAAAUGGAAACACCCGGGUAAAUGAGGGACACCAAGUAUAUUGAAAGCAAGGGCUUCCACACAGGUGUGGCUCAUGCGCUAAUUAAGCAAAUAACAUUCCAGCAUGCUUGUAACCAGGAGGUCCCCGGUUCAAAUCCCACCUCAGCCACUGACUCAUUGUGUGACCCUGAGCAAGUCACUUAACCUCCUUGUGCUCCAUCUUUCGGGUGAGACGUAAUUGUAAGUGACUCUGCAGCUGAUGCAUAGUUCGCACACCCUAGUCUCUGUAAGUCGCCUUGGAUAAAGGCGUCUGCUAAAUAAACACAUAAUAAUAAUAAUAAUAAUAAUAAUAGAGUCAUGUAUAAAAAUGCUGGACAGGCCUGGUUGCCUAUAAUUAUGGCUAGCAUGGCUGCUAGAGGAGACCUCAGUGACUUUGAAAGAGGGGUGAUUGUUGGGGUGCGUUUGGCAGGAGCUUCAGUGACCAAGACAGCUCAACUUGUUAAUGUUUCAUGAGCAACGGUGUCUAAGGUGAUGUCGGCAUGGAACUCUGAGGGAAAGACAUCAUCAGCAAAGGGCAAGAGUGGGCGGAAGCGCAUACUCCAGGAUCAUGAUAUCCGUGCAUUAAUUCAAAGUGCAAGGAAAAACAGACGAGCAACUGCAGAUCAAUUGACUGCAUAUUUCAACCUGGGAAGCGAGCAGCCAGUUUCAACAAAAACGGUCCGGCGAGAACUCCACAGAGCGGGAUACCAUAGUAGCCCAACACCCUAUUAAGUGACUUUACAUUGGGGUUUCAAUUUUUUUGUCUAUUACCUGUAUAUUACUGAUUAUCAACUCUCGGAGAAUCUUAUUUCAGUUUUGGCCCCUACACUUUCAAUACCUCCCUGCAUUGCUUGCUGUUCCCUGUUUAAUAAAGUAUUGGUAUUAAACUCUUGUACUGGAGCAGUGUGGAGUAGUGGUUAGGGCUCUGGACUCUUGACCGGAGGGUUGUGGGUUCAAUCCCCAGUGGGGGACACUGCUGUUGUACCCUUGAGCAAGGUACUUUACAUAAAUUGCUCUAGUAAAAACCCAACUGUAUAAAUGGGUAAUUGUAUGUAAAAAUAACGUGAUAUGUGAAAUAAUGUAUAAUGUGAUAUCUUGUAAUAAUUGUAAGUCGCCUUGGAUAAGGGCGUCUGCUAAGAAAUAAAUCAUAAUAAUAAUAAUUGUACUGAGUGCAUCAUUCUGCGUUAACCCAUUCCAGAGACUCACCCCCAAGUGUUUAGUUUAGGCUCAAACUUCUUCCAUAAAUUGUAAUUGUGAUAUAAACAGAAUACCACUAAGGGGAAACCUUUACUGUCUCAGUCUUUUUUCUGUGUUGACCAAUCAUGUAUAUAAUACAUGAAGGGUUGUGUCCACUGUCUCCCAAUGCAGGAGUUAGGAUAUGUUGCAGUGGAGCUGCACUGACUCAUGCUGGAGGCUCUUUGCAGUAUUAUUAACAUAUGGAUGCAGUGUUCAGUGUAAUAAGAGAUUAGAGAAGACUGUUGCUAGACUGUUGUAGUGUUUUAUUAUGAUGAUGAUGAUGAUGAUGUCAGUGCUCUGUGCAGUAAAGGGUUACCUGGAGGUGUUUUGUGCAACUGGUCCCUGGUUUUCAUGAAUUGUGACUGAUGACAUUUAAGAC